AAGAUUGGGAAAAUGCAUAAAGCCGAUCAUCAGGUGACGGGAAUCACAUGGCGAGGUGACGUCAGAACCAGCUGAUCAACAUCACUUCCUGAAUGAAUUUCCCGAUGUUUUGACGGAGACUGUCUUCAAAUCUGUAUCGGAUCAUCCUUCAUUUCUGGGUGUUUCGACUGUGGACACGUUCUCUUCAUGAAUACUUCAGAUAGUGAAGAGGACUCUUAUAAUGAGAGAUCUGCUCUGGUCCAGUCUGAAAGCCCAACAAUACCCCCAUACAGUCGAGAUCACGACAUGUCUCUGCCCCAGGACACAGACACCAAACAGCGACGGCCACUCAGCUCAGGUCCGGAUGAAGCAGGGCAGGUGGAGAGAGAGAGAGCGGUCACUCCUGAUGGGGAGGAAGAAGAGCUGACCCUCAAAUAUGGUGCCAAGCACGUCAUUAUGCUCUUCAUCCCUGUUACGCUCUGCAUGGUGGUCGUCGUGGCAACGAUCAAAUCUGUCAGUUUCUACACGGAGAAGAGCGGACAGCAGCUCAUCUACACUCCUUUCGAAGAGGAUCCAAACAAUGUGGGUCAGAGGCUGCUGUCGUCCUUUCUUAACACCAUCGUCAUGAUCAGUGUCAUCGUUGUCAUGACAAUCAUACUUGUGCUGCUUUACAAGUAUCGCUGCUAUAAAUUUAUUCAUGGCUGGCUGAUUUUGUCUUCCCUGAUGUUGCUUUUCUGGUUCAGCUUCAUGUAUCUGGGAGAGGUGUUUAAGACAUACAACAUCGCCAUGGACUACCCAACGUUAGCAAUGAUCAUUUGGAAUUUCGGUGUGGUAGGAAUGAUCUGCAUCCACUGGAAAGGUCCCUUAAAGCUGCAGCAGGCAUAUCUGAUCAUCAUCAGCGCUCUCAUGGCUCUCAUAUUCAUCAAAUACCUCCCGGAGUGGUCGGCGUGGGUCAUACUGGGAGCCAUUUCUAUUUAUGAUCUGGUAGCAGUGCUGAGCCCGAAAGGCCCAUUGAGGAUGCUGGUCGAGACCGCGCAAGAAAGAAACGAGCCAAUUUUCCCCGCCCUCAUAUACUCAUCUGCUAUGGUCUGGAUGGUUGGUAUGGCAGAUUCUGGUCAUCAGGAUUCAGCCAGUGAAAGACACCCCGGUGACGGCAGAGCUAGGCCACAGCGAGGGGUGGAGUCAGAUGAUGAUGCACCCCAAGGACAGAGGCGAGGAUAUUCAGCAGAAGAGGACCUUGAAGAAGACCGAGGGGUUAAACUGGGACUUGGAGACUUCAUCUUCUACAGUGUUCUGGUGGGAAAAGCAGCUGCCAUCGGAGGAGACUGGAACACCACGCUGGCCUGUUUCGUGGCCAUUCUCAUUGGACUGUGUUUGACACUUCUCCUGCUGGCCAUUUUCAAGAAGGCCCUGCCGGCACUACCCAUAUCCAUCACGUUUGGUCUUGUCUUCUACUUCUCCACUGACAAUCUGGUACAGCCCUUCAUGGACAGCCUGGCGGCCCACCAGUACUACAUCUGACAGAAUCCCACUGGGUUACAGAAGACUUUUUAAAAGCCCUCCAGUUGAUGUGUUUAAACAAGAUGAAGACUUUUUUUUCACUUUCAUGAAUCUGAGCAGGUUUCAGUCUUAUUUGAAGCUGUUGGUGCUUCAAGCAAAGCUAUUACGGUUAUGAAGUGGUCAAAACAGAGCAGCUUUUUCAAAUGCAGAAUAGUUUCACUAUUUCACGUAACUUAUGAAAAGGUAAACGGGGGUGCAAUGUUACUAGCAUUCAGACAGGUGUUUGAAAAAUAUCGUUUUCAUAGUAAAUUAUAUACAUAAAAUCAUUUUUAAAAUAUAAAACGAAAAGAUUGUUUACAUAUGUGGCCUGUUCCCAGCUGGUGUGUGAAAGUGCAGUAGGUCUGCCAGAAGAUAAAGCUUUAACGUAUAAUAAACCGACGCAAACUUACAUUUGCUUUGCAAAUAUUCUUUUUUUAGUUAAAUAGCCCCAUGGAUGUGUACCUAUUGUUUACCAUAAUAUUUGUUUUAAAUCAUAUUUGUUAGCUUUGGUUAGGUUACUGUUUUUAAUGUGGAUGAAAGGCACAUUCAAAUCAGUUCACAAGUUUAAAUGUGGUCCUUUGUUUACAAUAAUCUGGAAAUUCUUUGAGACAGUCAAUAUCAAAUUUUGCUAACUGGGAAUUAAUUCAAGAACUUCUAGACUGACCAAUAGUGGAGCUGGCGGCUCAAAUAUAUUGUUGGUCCCUUUGUUGUUGUUUUUUGUGCCACAAUGGAGUAGCAGUGAUAUAGUUGCAUAAACCACAGACGCUAGAAACAAAAAUGUCUCACACCAGUUUGGGGUCGUAAGCCGGUCAUGUAUUUUUGUUUUUUAAUCAUGCUAUGUUUAUAAUUUUCCCAUUAUCUUAAGGUUUAACCCUAGUAUAAAACAUUUUGAAUGAAGUAAAAGUUAUUUAUUAUGAUUAAUGAAUAAUUUCUCUCAAAAAAUGAAAGCUCUGAGAUUGAAUUAAUGUACUGUUCUUUUUAUUAGCAUUAAAAAAAAAUUCUGUCUAAGAUACUGCUCUAUGAAGAUAGAGAAAUGUAAGUUAUGGUUGCUUUAUAUAUAUAUUUAGAUAUUUUGCUUAUACUGAGUGAGUUUCAACUUUAUACUGAAGAAGUUAUAUUUACUAAUUAAAUUAAUGAUUCCAAA